GAUUUCAUGCUUGGCAAAAUGGCCACCGUUGAACAUCAACAAGAAGAAGAAUGGCUUUACGGUGAUAAGAAGGAAGCUGGGGCAGGUGACGCAGAGGGAGAACCAGCAAUACCAGGAGUUGAUCCACCUAGCAAUCUGUCAGCGUCUGCUGCACCGUUCACCCCCACAGCCAACAACGGCACUGCAAGUGAAACUGUUGUUGAAUCUGGUGAGGCAGACGAUGAUGAUGAUGAUGACUCAGACGAUGAUGUAAAGAUCACCAUUGGUGACAUUAAGACUGGUCCAACAGCAUAUGAUGGUACUCCUAGGAUAUUUAAAGCUGGUGCCCAGUACAACAAGGCUGCAGCAACUGUACCGAAGCCAGCACAGACCAAAGGUGUUGAUAUUGAUACAGUGGCCAACAUAAAUGGUGUUCCCAUAUAUGAAUAUGAUGUUGAGACAGCUGACGAAAAGCCUUGGCAAAAACCUGGUGCUGACAUAACAGAUUAUUUCAACUACGGUUUCAAUGAAGAAACGUGGGCGAAGUAUUGCGAGAAGCAACGUAGAAUGAGACUUGAGUCAGGCAGUAGUACAUAUCACACUUCAAAACCUUAUGGUGGGGUAACAACAAUCAAACAAGAACCAGUUCAACACACACCAGUUAUGCAGGGUUCCAACAAGGUCCUUACACCAAGCCAUGGACCCAGGUCCCAAUGGAAGAGUCCUAUCACAAGCCAACCUCAUAUAGAACGAAAACCUACAGGAAUCUCUGUUGUGACAUCACGUCGUCCUAGCGACCAGGCUUAUGAUGCAACAAAUAGUAAUAUUGCUGUCCUUGGUGGAAGUGGUAUUCCAACCAGUUUUAAUGCUCCCCCUCCUGCUAUAGGCCAACCUAUCCCAACAGGCGUACCACCUCCAAAUGUUCAUAUGGGGCCACCCCCAGGUUUCAAUCCAGCACCCACAGACACUUAUGAAGGUUAUUAUCCCCCUGCACCUGGCCAAGUGCCACCCCCUACCAGACCUGAGCCCCCAGUAUAUGGGGUACCACCCCCAUCAUAUGGUGGCUCUGCCCCCCUACCAUUCAGUGGACCCCCACCACCCACAGGAUAUUACAAUGCAAGACCAUCAUUCCCUCCCCCAGGUGGUUGGGGUGACUACCCACCUCCAUCCAGGAGUCCCCAUAGCAGUGAUGAAGAAGAUUACAGGAGAAGUAGGGAGAGGUCACGGACAGAUGACAGAGAUCGGGAUAGAGAUAGGGAUAGGAGAGACAGGGAGAGAGACAGAGAUAGAGAACAUAGGAGAAGGUAUGAAUCUAGGGAUAGGGACCGAGAGAGAGAUAGAGACCGCUCACGUGAUAAAGAUCGUGAUGACAGUAGAGACAGGAGGAGGGAUGAUGAUGACGAUAAAAAACAUAAAAAGAGUAAAAAAUCUUCACAUAAAGACUAUAAAGAUGUUAAAAUCAAAGUUGAAAAGGACCCUUGAAUUUCUCGUGCAUCAAUGUGAAUCUUUUAUGGAAAUAAUGUCGUCUUCAACACAGGCUAAAAACAGAUUUGAGCAGGUUAAACCAGGCAUCGUAUCCUUUCUUCAGAAUUUAAAUUCAUGUCUAGUUAAUCAUAGAUGUCAGUUGCAAAAUCAUAUUCAUUGAUGACUGACUGUCUAUGCCCACAUAGAAAUCUGAUAUUCUGAAGCUGCAGAAUACUGACCGGAUUUGUCUCGCAUCAAGGCAGCAUACCUCAAGUUGAAGAG